GUGAGGGCCAGGGGACACAUGACUUUAGAUGCACUGUUUCAGCCUUCCGCGGUUUGAUCCAGAAACCAAAAUAGCAUUUGUACCCUGUCCCAGUUCCAGAUCAGAACUGCAGCACAAAUGGAGAGAGGAACUUUAACUCGUCUUCUUCUGACCAUUGUACAUGCCUGUCCAUGUGUGGAGGAAGUAAUAUAUGAAAAGUUUAAUUUUCGGGGUUACCGCUGGGUCAAAGCCAUGAUACACGCCAUACAUGAUGUUAACAAAAGAGAUGAUAUCCUACCAAACAUAACGCUGGGCUACCAAAUCUAUGACACGUGUUUUACAAUGUCCAAAACAGUUGAGAAUUCUUUGGCAUUCCUUACUGGUCAGAAUGAAACAACUCCUGUCUUUCGAUGCAGUAGUGGUGCUCCUUUGGCAGCUAUUGUCGGAGCUGGUGGAUCGACCCUCUCCAUUGCUUCCUCGAGAAUCCUUGGUCUUUACUAUUUUCCUCAGGUUGGCUAUGCCUCCUCUUCCUCGCUUCUCUCUGACAAAUAUCAGUUCCCUACCUAUCUUCGCACCAUCCCAAGUGAUGCUGCACAGUCUUGGGGGAUGGCACGCUUGGUUCACCAUUUUGGUUGGAGAUGGGUUGGAACCAUAGCUGCAGAUGAUGAUUAUGGCAAAUAUGGCGUAAAAGCCUUUAAAGAGAGGGUUGAGAAACACAACCCAACCUGCAUUGCUUUCUCAGAAACAAUUCCAAAAAUAUAUAACCGCGAAAAAAUACAGAAAGUAGUUAUGAUUGUCAAACAGACCAAUGCCACAGUCAUUGUGGUCUAUUCGGCUGAUAUCGACUUCCACCCUUUAGUGGAAGAGCUUAUAAUUAGCAACAUCACUGGGAAAACCUGGAUAGCAAGUGAGGCAUGGGUCACAUCAGCUUUAAUGGCAAAGCCUGAAUAUUUUCCACUCCUUGGCGGGGCCAUUGGUUUUGGAGUGAAAAGAGGGGAAAUCCCAGGCCUCAAAGAAUUUCUCCUAGACAUCCAUCCAGGUAAAGAUCCUGAGGAUGACCUGGCCAUUGAAUUUUGGCAAAGUGCCUUCAACUGUACUUGGCCUAAUGCCAGCAUACCUUACAAUACAGACAACAGAAAAAAUGUCACAGGCCACGAGAACAUUGUUGAUUUCGCUUCUGAAAACUUCUGCACUGGAGAGGAGAAACUUGAAGAUCUUGAUAACACCUACCUGGAUGUUUCGGAACUUAGAAUAACAUAUAAUGUUUACAAGGCUGUAUUUGCUGUUGCUUAUGGUCUUGACCAAUUACGCCUCUGUGAAGAAGGCAGCGGACCAUUUGUUCCUGGGUCCUAUUGUGCCCAAAUAGAUGAGUUUGAACCCUGGCAGUUAAUGUACUACAUGAAGAAUAAGAUGCAAUUCGAUGUUCUUGAUGAGUAUGUAGACAUAAACGAUAAGGGAGAUGUGUAUACUCCGUAUGACAUAAUAAAUUGGCAGAUGAAUGACACCGGUGGGAUCUCCUUUGUCAGAGUUGGACUCUAUAAUUGUACUUCAGAAACUGAUGAUGACUUUCGUAUAAAUAAUGAUUCCAUAUAUUGGAACACUCCAACACAAACACGCCCACGCUCUGCAUGUAAUGAUAAUUGCCAACCCGGUUAUCGGAAAGGGAUCCAGCAAGGAAAGCCCGCGUGCUGCUAUGACUGCAUAAAGUGUGCGGAGGGACAGAUCAGUAACGAAACAGAUGCAAGAGAAUGUACUUCAUGUCAAGAGGAUUACUGGUCCAAUAUACCUCGAAAUGAAUGUGUACACAAGGAUGUGGAAUUCCUGGCUUAUGAAGAUGCUUUGGGAAUGACGCUGAUUGCUCUGUCCGUAUUUGGUGCUAUGGUUGUCCUGGCAGUGACAGGCGUCUAUAUCAAGUUUAGGGGCACAGCUCUUGUGAAAGCAAAUGACCGAGAGCUGAGCUUCCUCAUUCAGUUUUCCCUUGUCACCACCUUAUUGACUUCCAUCCUCUUUGUUGGAAAGCCGGAAAACUGGUCGUGUCAGGCCCGGCAGGUGACACUUGCACUGGGAUUUUCUGUUUGCCUGUCCUGUGUCUUGGGAAAGACUGUUAUGCUUUUCCUGACACACCUGGCCAAAAACUCAAAGGUUGCAGAGAAAGUCCGAAUGUCCAUGAGGCCGAUAUUCCAGAAAAUUAUUGUCCUCAACUCUGUCCUAACAGAAGUGGGCAUUUGUGCUGCCUAUCUGGUCCUCGAUCCUCCCAAAAUGCUUAAAAACACCCAGUUUCUGAAUGUGAAAAUCAUUUUUGAAUGCGACGAGGGCUCCAUAUUGUUCUUGUGCGUCAUGUUUGGCUUUGACGUGUUCCUCGCCAUCCUGUGCUUCCUCACCGCUUUUGUUGCUCGCAAGCUCCCCAAUAACUUUAACGAAGCAAAGUUUGUCACAUUUGGAAUGCUGGUCUUCUUCAUCGUCUGGAUAUCGUUCGUCCCAGCUUACUUAAGCACAAAAGGGAAAUUCAAAGUGGCUGUGGAGAUAUUUGCCAUUUUGGCCUCCAGCUUCGGUUUGCUAGGGUGCAUCUUUGUGCCUAAGUGUUACAUUAUCUUGCUGAAACCUCUCAGGAAUACAGAAGAAAUAGUGGGUGGCAAAGCAGCCAUGAAUGACAAGAGCGCACCACCGACCUCUGCCUCUUGCACCAGCGAAGUCGUCAACACCACGGUCUCCACGGUUCUUGAAGAUUAGACCUUUUCAGCUCCUGCCUAUCGCAAUUCUACUAGUUUACUUACACCUUUUCCUCCACUGUCCUGAGAGAAAGCAGAUACCUGGUUCCUAUGGAAGUUGCACUUACUGCUUCUUGGGGAAUAGCACAGAUAAAGCAUACCUAAUUGCUUGCUGACUAGGGGUGUGCAUGGAACUGGCUGGUCCAGUCCGGUUCGAGUCCGAACUGGACCCAAACUGGACUGGGCCAGUUCGGUUCAGCACCCUCUCCAACCCCCCUGGUCUGGUCCGGAGUGGUUCACGAACUUUAAAAAAAAAUAUUUUUUUAAAUUUACCGCCUCUGGGGGUGUUCUCCAAGGUGGUAGGGGUCUGCACAGACCUCCACCGCUCUGCUACCUUGGAGAACACUCCCAAAGAGAGUAAGUUUAAAAACAUUUUCAUUUUUUUAAAAAAAGACUCAACACUUGCAAACCUCCCAAACGGGUCGAGGGUGGGGGUCAGUCUGGGGCUGGACCAAAUGGGGUGGUUCAGUUUGACCACAAACUGUCGAACCAAACUGGUUUGACGUUGAACACAUUCGACAUCGAACCUGUUUGCACAUCCCUAUUGCUGAUGAGAUAAUGAGAGGCACUCCUUGAGAAGCUUUUUAUUUUCAUUGUUUGACUUGUAUCCAACAGCACCUUGUGUGAGCAGAAAUGAACUCCUAAUCACACAAGGGAGGGAUUCCCUUUUCCCAUCAACUCCUCCCUCUGCAACAUCCCUCACCACCUCCAGAGUCAUUCCAGAGAGUGCCUUAAUCCUCAGUAAUGGAUUUCUGGGGUGUGUGUUCAGAGGAUUGCAGCAGGAAGAAGGCAGGGAAGCCCCGCUUCCUUGAAUGGAAGUCCACUGGUGGUUCAUAGGACCCAGUUCUAUGAUUCUGGUUGUAAUAAACCCACAGUUUAAUGCAAUAGAGUCAACUACACUUUUGUAAAAAAGUAAUUAUCUCAUCAUAACUCAGUGUCAACUAAUUGCAUGAGAGUGCCUGUAAUAUUUUCCAAUAAAUCAAAUGAUUUACAGCUG